AUGGCUCGUGCGCAAAAGCGACGAACAGCCAACAAUGUUUUUUCACAAAACAUAACGAAAAAGGGCCAUGUCCAGAAAACCAGAAAUCCAAAGCCCGAAAAGUAUCCUGUUGGUCCAUGGCUGCUCGGUCUCUUCAUUUUUGUCGUCUGCGGCUCUGCAAUAUUCGAGAUCAUCUUGAAGAUCCAAGCCUACGCCAGAUCCUAA